AUGUCGUUGGAAAAAAGUUGUGAUGCUGGCACUGGAGAGUGUCUCAACUGUCUUCAUCAUACCGAGGGUGCUCAACGUGAAAAUUGUGUUGAUGGGUAUUAUGGAGAUGCCGAAUUGAAGACUUGCCAGAGAUGCGUCUGCAACGAACUAGGAACCAACACCACUAAAGAAGCCUGCGAUCGAGUCUCCGGACAGUGUCUUUUGUUACGACAAUGUCUUCGGAAUACAAUAUGGAGAGAAAUUCUUUGUAAUAAAUGUGCUGGUGGAUACACUGGACGCGCUGCCAUCAUUGGGGAUGACAUCGUGCAGAAACUUCAGAAACAAGUUUUUGCUCUUAUCUCUUAUAGUGAGGACACUGGAGGCGCUUCUGCUUAUGACGCUGACUAUGACAAGAUGGAGGAAACGUUGAAGGAGGAGAAGCAGACUUUGGCUGAGGCUAACAUUUCAAAGGAAGAUAUUGAGGAGAUGAGCAAGAAAUUGGCUCGUUUGAAAAAGCAAGUGAUUGCUGUAAUAGAAAAUUUGGGAGCAAUUGCAACGAGAAUCUCGAAUAUCACAUAG